AAUCACUCUUCACGAUUUUGAUCGGCUGCUGCUGCCUGAAAUUGUUUUGGACAUUCUUCUUCUGUCAAGUUUCUUCUUUCACCAAGGAUUAAAUUAAACCCAAAUCGCCUUGUGAACCUUGAUACCGUUGCGUUACAAGUCUAUCGCUUUUUCACCGACCCUAGUCACUCUAAUUUCAAGAAAAUGUUUCGAUCAAUUUCGCGAAUACCUGCAGCUGCGUUGUCAGCGAGGGUCGGAAGAAGAUCAGACGGGGGAGUUCCCCCGGCGGCCCCGAGGCUCUGGCCCAGUCGACGCGGUUUGGGUUCUGAACCAACUCCUUCUGAAUCGUCUGCGGCGGGUGCGAUCGGAAGUGUGGAUAUAAUUUAUACAGAAGAACAUAUGGAAAUGAGGAGAGCCCUUAAAAAGCUGAUUGACAAGGAGAUCAACCCAUAUGUUGACCAAUGGGAGGCAGAGAAAAUAUUUCCUGCUCAUGAGGUAAUGAAGAAACUUGGAGAAGCCGGUUUCUUGGGCAUUAGCAGACCAACAGAGUAUGGUGGCCUUGGUUUGGAUUAUACGUACUGUGUAGCGUUUGGUGAGGAGCUUGGUGGUAUAACCUGCGGAGGCGUCCCUGGCGCUAUCGGGAUUCAAACUGAUAUGGCUACUCCAGCUCUUGCCAGGUGAAAUGCUAUUACCCAAUACCGUGUGAGGGGAAAAAAAACUUCACACUUUUAAGUUCAAAACCACUAAUUUGAUGAAUGUUCUUGUCAUGAACAUGGACCUAUCAUAAGUGUCCCGCAAUAAUUUUUUUUUGAAAAGCAGUUGAUACCCUUUUUUUUAUAGGUAUAUUGAAUAAUCAGGAGGUAUUUUUUUGCUCUGAUGUAAGGUAUGAUUGUAAUUAACUCAUCCAGUGUCCAUGAAACCAUUAUCUACAGGAAAUUUGUUUCAAAUUACCCUUUCACUUUAACUCAGUAUGAAGAUUCGUACUAAAAAAGUGAUGAAUUUGGAAACAAUUCUUCAUUUGAUAAGAAUCCUAAUAAGAGUGACAAUACAGUGUCUUGCCAAAUAUUACAAGUUCUGGAGCUAUUGAUUGGAGAUGAAUUUCAAGAAUUUUUAAACAAUUAACUGUAAUUUGUUGAUUAAGUCGUUUGUGAUGUAAAUGUGUCAGUCUAUGAAUGUAUAGGUAAAAGGAAGCAGCAUUGUAUGCAGACAAAAAUAUAAGCCUGAAUUAAUUUUUGCAGUGGCUAUUUUUCCAAACCCACUGGCCGAAUCUACAUUAUUGGAGAAGCUUUAACAUAUCCGUGAAUGGGAAUUUUUCAGGGCUCUUUUUUUUUAUUUUGAAGGUCUCUUUGUGCAUUUCGGGGCAAGAUCGAGCCACUGUGUGAUAUUUUUCCUGAUUGUUUGACAGUAGAAAUAUUGAUGAGUACAAUAACAGAGGUGAAGCUUUUGAAGAAAAAGUUGGUCUGGGGUGUAUGUUUAGGUGUGGUCUAUAUACCAGCAAUUUCAGAUAUCCCAUGAGUUUAUCAUUAUACCAGCCUUUACAACAUAACUAGAGUUGUUUAUUCCAAGCUAAAUGACAAUGUAUGUGUACAUGAAUCAAAGGUUAUGUUACUUAUCUUUCAUUAUCAUAAUUAUUACUAAGCAUGGCCAGAGACACUGCAAAAUUUGGUGAAAGUGUACCUAAUCUAUUAUCUAUUACAGUAUUAAACAUAAAUUAAAAAAGAGAGGUUCAUAUCUGCUGCAGCUUAAAAUAAACAAAUCACUUGGGACUGUGUAUGUGACACUGCAAUUUCUUUUGAUAAACUCUUAAAAUGCUGUUGAUGCCAAAAUUUUGCUGGGGAGUUACAUAUGUCUGAACCAUGUGAAAGAGGAAAAGAGCUACUUAAGGUAGACUUAAAGUCCCAGUUGAAAACUUAUUUAAUCUCCCAUUAGCAGUUUAAUAUUGUGUUUAUUCAGGAGAAUUCAAAUUCUCAGUAUUCUUUUUUGUUUUCUAUUGUUGUUGUGUUUUGUGUUUAUUUUCCUUGAAGCGCCAUGAGCACCGAAAGGUGGACCUGUGCGCUAUAUAAGUAGCCACCAUUAUUAUUAUUAUUAAAAACACAAAAGUUUGUUUACCU